UUCCAAUACGUGUUGCAGUUCCCGCCUUUAAUGCGGAGCAGACGACAACGAUUCUUCCAACAGUUAUGACGGAUGGGACAAAACUGAUGGAUGAAACUUGGAAAAGUCCGAUCCUGAUGAAUGCCUGAGAACGCGUUUUGGCGCCGGGCGUUCACGGAGAAAAUCUAGUCCAUCCAUGCAAUCUUUGAUAUCACGAGCAACACGCUCAGAUCGAUCAGUUAAAGAGCGGCCACGAGGGGAACUGUUGCAUCAACUGCAGAGGAAGCAAUUAGGCUAACUUGGUUUGACAUCCAGUUAUUAUACCGAGUCUUCUCAUUGAUCGAAGCAAAGUCAUGGAUCACUGGGUUGUUGCUAAUUACUAUUGUUUGGAUGAAGACGGAGGACUGAGUGAUUCAUAUAUAAGCAGGAGGCGGGGAGACAGGAGGCCGUUGUCCCGCGGUGCUGGAAAGUAAGGAAUACUUUUGAGUCUGAUAUACUGUCCUGCUUGAGGAUUUAAUGCAAGCCCUAGUUCAUCUGCUGCGUUAGAGGAUAAAUGUAUCGGAUAUGAAACAAGAUAGACAAUGGAGAUAGAGGCUCACAGAAUAACUCUGGAAGUACUGGAUCGAUUGAUGUGUCCCUUUAAACCCGAGAACAUGGGCUGAAGCACAUUUCCAGGAUUUGCAGUCGGACAAGAACCUUAUCCGAGUACACUUGACUAAAAAGGGCCGUAUUGGAAUAGACAAGGCCAUUUUUAUGCCUUGUCAUAGGGCCAUUAAACAACAGCUAAAUGUGCUUUGGAAAUGUUUGCGUGUAAGAAAAAGCAAAUACAGCCUUUAAAUCGACCGUGGUGUAAAAAAACCUCAAGGGCUCCUUAGAACUCAGUCAUAUUUAAUGCACAGUCUCCAAAGAGAAGAGAAGUAUUCAUCUACCACGACCGGCUGUUGUUUGACGGAUCGGUGGGCGCUAAUACAAGGAUGAACUGAUUCACCGGCAAAACGUUGGGCCGAUCACAGGUGAACAAAGGCAGUUAAUAGCAGGUGCCCUUUGCCUGGUGCUUUGUUCGAGUUGUGACGGAGUAGGACAACUGCAGAUGCGGCGGCUACAGCGCGUUACAUCACUAAGGGGACGGGCAGAACACUACACAACGACUUUAGUUCAGGAAUGAUUGUGUAAGCUUCAAACGACAUCGGAUUAGAACUUGUUCGUUGAACCGACAUAUUUCAAAGGGAAUACUCAAGAUCAGUGCUUUGCCUACAUGGAUUUCCAUGUGCCAUUUUCACGGAUGUUAAACUGGGAGAUAUUUAAUUCCCUGAAAUGGCAUGAGAUUCGUGCAAAAGGAUCAAAUAUUAAUAACUCAUAACUGAACAUGGAAUAUGUUUAAUGUGCUCUGUUUAUUAGCAUGUACCCCACUACUGUAUGCAGGUGUUCAUCGUUCGCGAGGCAAGAACCCAAGUUGUGGCGGCGAUCGAUCGGUUUAAUUGAUUGGAAAGUGUAAUCUUACUUUUUUGUGUGUGAACUUAGUGAAGUUAUCUCCUGCACGACAAUGAAUGUUUAUCCGUGUGUUUUUCCCAAUGCCAUACGCGCUGAAGAGAGCCUUUCUGCACCCAUUGAGAUGCGUUUUGGAUCUACUUAAUCGAUUGGUGUUAAGGUUAUCUACCAAGGUGGAAAUGAAAGUGUGCCUAUUUCUUAAGGGAAGGAGACCACAACUGUCGAUUCGGAAGGCAACAAAUAUCUGUGUAAUUGUUUUGUGCGUUUUGUGUUUUUUCCUAAUGGAUAGCCAGCUGGGUUCGAUCCGAAAUGUUGUGGAGGAUUCGACGGUAGACGAAGGCAUAUCGGAACUCAAUGACAGACAUUUGUUAUUUCGCAAUUCUCUACGGGAUGGGGAUUUCCUUAAAAAACGGAAUUACCUCGGUUUCGAUGAUACCAAACACAAAAUCGAUAAAACGAAAAAUAACUCCCAGUCUGACUUCCACACCGAUCUUCGAUUUGCGUCUAGUUUGACUUUGAUUAUUGUCGUCUGCUCGCACCCAGAGCACGUGCAGCUGAGGCAGACGAUAAGGGCAACAUGGGGCAAUGAUGUCAAACAUUUGGGUGGGGCAGAAGUCGUGUUUCUCGUCGGGGCGACUGCUGAUGGUUCUUGGCAGGAAUUAAUAAGACGGGAAAUGGUAAUUCACGGGGAUUUAGUCCAAGUUGAUAUUGUCGAAGACUACAGGAAUCUUUCACGGAAAGUAAUUAAAGGAAUGGAUUGGGUCGUGCGGAACGUGCCCCGGACUCGGUAUUACAUGAAGUGUGAUGAUGACGUUUAUUUAAAUGUGCCCUUUUUACUGAGCGAGCUGAGGAGGGGGGUCAUCAAAUCAAAACAAAUAUUAGGGGCUCUUAGUUCAAGUGCUCGGGUCAUAAGAGACCCUAGGGACGAUUGGUCAGUGCCUUAUACCGUCUUCCCUGCAGAGACAUUUCCUCCUUAUGUUGCCGGGGGUGGGUAUGUCAUGUCCAAAUUAGCGUUACAACUUUUACUCAAUGUCUUGCCGAAUCAAAGACUCAUCCAUCUUGAGGAUGUUUUUAUCACUGGUGUUCUGGCCCAGGAAGCGGGAUUAUCGCAUGUGAGCCAUGAAGGAUUUUCUUUCUGGUUGAGCUCCAAAGCAAAUCCUUGUGACAUCAUUAGCUGCCGCCGAAUAGUCAGUGUCAACAUGUCCGCCAAACGUAUUUCCAAACUGUACAGUGAAAUAAAUGAAAUAUUAUCCACCUCAGUGAACAAUUGUUCCAACGGGACCAGUAUUUAAAGACCUAACGAGGCCAGUUGGUUAUUCUAUUUCUGUUGCCACAUUGUUGUAAUAAAUCGAUUUACUAAUAGA